UUUGGAAUAGUUUGCAUGGAAACCCAAAUAUUUGAUUGUAUAACAAAUUCCAUUGUCCGACUCCUUUGGAUCUUGAGACAUUCCAACUUGGAAUGCGUCCUUGUCUCUCUCUCUCUCUCUCUCUCUCUCUCACUUCAUCUUCCUCCACAAACACAGAUCCUCUCAGAUAAUUAAUUCACACUUCCACACUAAUCACAUCCUAUUUUCCAAACAACAGAACUCAAAUGAUCUCUCUCCCAAUCGCGAAGACACAGACAGCACAAUGGCGCUAGGGUUAAGGUCGCGCAGCAACAAGCGAUCUUCGUCGUCGAAUUCUUACGCUUCUACUGUGACGAUUAUGGUGUUCAUAUCAGUGUGCGUUUUGGCCGUGUGGAUGCUCAACUACUCUAACUCAGGAGUCCCGCAAACCUCCACAAGUGCUCGAACUGCCACGACCUCCUCCACAGACGAUGCUUCGUCGGAUGAUACUCAGGCCCAAGUGAUCACCAAAAACACAAACAAUGACGACGACAACAACAAUAACAAGAACAAUAUUAUUAACGAAACACCGAAGGCUUUUGAAGACAACCCGGGUGAUCUCCCCGACGAUGCCAUCAAAUCCGAUGAUCUGCUGAACAAUUCAACAAAGGGUAGUGGUAGUAGUACUAGUUCAUCAGAGCAAGACCAAAGUAGUACUGGCGAUGGCGGAGGCCGCGGCGGUGAUAAUAAACAAGAUUCUAGCGAAGUGCAGAAAGAUCAGAAGGAGAAAGAAAUCAGCCAGACCCAAUUGGCUGAGGAUCAGAGCGGCUCAGUGGUGGAACACAACCAACAACAAGCAGACCACGAUGAACAGGGCACUCAGAAGGAUUCUGACGAUCAAUCUGAUCAUAAAAAACAGAAGGGUGCCGACGAUCAAUCCGAAAAGAACGGCGAUCAAAUUAUCACAAGCGACGAUCAAACGAACAAUUCAAAGAGCAAUUCACAAGAGCAUCAAGACACAAACAACAAUGACAAGAAUAAUAAUUCCGAAAGCAAUAAGAAAUCGGAUAAUGCAGAUCAGCAGCAAAAUGCAGCAUCGUCGGAUCAACAGCAACAGCAAGAACAAGAAUUUCUAAGCAAUGGGAAGCAGGGGAAUUCAUCGCAAGAAUCCCAAAACGAUCAGCAGCAGCAGCAACAGAAUUGGGAAUACAACGCGACCAAAAGCGGACAGUUGCAGUUCUCGGACGAGACGAGCAAUGCAGUUGCCAGCUUGCAAGUACAGAGCAAGGAAUCUACCGAUCAGAACUUUUCACAAACACCUUCCGAUCAGAACAAAAAGAACCUAGAAAAAACCCAGCAGCACUCCGACUCCGAUCAGAAGAAGAAGGACGGCGGCAGCAGCGGCGGCGGAGGCAAUGCAACCAAUCAAAGCAAGGGUCCGGCAACUGAGUCCAACUCGGGCGAUUCGCUAUUGAGCGGGGACAACACUGUUCGGAAGGAGUCGAAGGAGUCAAAGAAGUCGUGGUCGACGCAGGCGGCGCAGUCGGAGAGCGAGAAGGAAAGGCGCAAGGACGAAUCGGACGGUCAGGACGGCAUCUACGGAUACACGUGGCAGCUCUGCAACGUCACGGCGGGUCCGGAUUAUAUACCGUGUUUGGACAACGAGAAGGCUCUGAAAAAACUGCGUUCGACCAAACACUUCGAGCACCGGGAGCGGCACUGCCGGCAGGAGGGGCCCACGUGCCUGGUCCCACUACCGGACGGAUACAAAAUGUCCAUCGAGUGGCCGAAAAGCAGAGACAAGAUAUGGUAUCAUAAUGUGCCGCACACGUUGCUGGCGGAGGUGAAGGGCCACCAGAACUGGGUGAAGGUUUCCGGUGAGUUUUUGACGUUUCCCGGCGGCGGGACGCAGUUCAUACAUGGCGCCCUCGUGUACAUCGAUUUCCUUCAAAACGCAGUCCCGAACAUCGCAUGGGGUGAGCACACUAGAGUUAUAUUGGACGUUGGUUGUGGGGUUGCAAGCUUUGGUGGAUAUCUCUUCGACAGAGAUGUUCUAACGAUGUCGUUUGCACCGAAAGAUGAACACGAAGCUCAAGUCCAGUUUGCCCUUGAGAGAGGCAUACCCGCAAUCUCUGCAGUCAUGGGUUCUCAGAGGCUGCCCUUCCCCAGCAGGGUCUUCGAUGUCGUGCAUUGUGCGAGAUGCAGAGUCCCUUGGCACAGAGAAGGUGGUACGCUUCUUUUGGAAUUGAACCGGGUUCUGCGGCCCGGGGGUUACUUUGUAUGGUCAGCCACUCCUGUUUACAGGAAGGAACAAGAAGAUAUCGAAAUUUGGAAGGAGAUGUCUGCACUGACGGCCUCCAUGUGUUGGGAGGUUGUAGCCAUCAAGAACGACAAGGUUAAUUUAGUUGCGGCCGCCGUCUACCGUAAACCAACCUCAAAUCAAUGCUACGACCAAAGAAAGCAAAAGCAGCCUCCUAUGUGCAAAAACGACGAUGACCCGAAUGCUGCCUGGUACGUACCUCUACAGGGAUGCAUGCACCGGGUACCCACAGACAAAUCGGAGAGAGGGACUAAAUGGCCUGAGAAGUGGCCUAGUCGCCUGCAGACUCCGCCUUACUGGUUAAACAGCUCCCAAAUGGGCAUCUAUGGGAAGCCAGCACCCCAAGAUUUUUCAACAGAUUACGAGCACUGGAAACGUGUUAUCAGUAACACUUACAUGAAGAGUUUGGGUAUCAACUGGUCGAACGUCAGAAAUUGUAUGGAUAUGAGAGCUGUUUAUGGAGGAUUUGCUGCAGCUCUGAAGGACCUUAAAGUGUGGGUCAUGAAUGUGGUGAACGUAGAUUCACCAGAUACACUCCCCAUAAUCUACGAACGGGGUCUUUUCGGAAUUUACCAUGACUGGUGUGAAUCGUUUAGCACUUACCCCAGAACCUAUGACCUACUUCAUGCAGAUCAUCUCUUUUCAAAGCUUAAAAAGAGAUGCAAACUUGCUCCGGUACUGGCAGAGGUUGAUCGGAUUGUCAGACCAGGAGGUAAGUUUAUAGUCCGGGAUGAGUCGAGCACAAUUGGGGAGGUUGAGAACUUGUUGAAGUCCCUGCAUUGGGAAGUUAGUCUAACCGUCUCCAAAAACCAAGAAGGAAUGCUCAGUGCGCAGAAAGGGAACUGGCGGCCAACCACAUAUGCAGAUAGAGAUUCUUCUUAACAUACACAGAAACACAGCAUUCAGCUCAUAUACCGUGAUCUCAAACUGUUGGUACCCCGGAACUAGUGAUGUGCUAACCAAUUUUUAGCAUCGUGGUCAAUUUGGAUGCAAUCUAGUUUUGCUACAUGACUGAACAAGAUUGAUAUGUAUUUGUUCAUGUUGUUAAAUGCAUGUAAACCUGUGAGAUACAUGUAAUUAUUGAAAACUCAAAUGCAAGACGCAUAAACAUUACAUUCACCUACC